GUGUCUCCCUCCCUGCUGCUCCGCCGCUUUUCAGGCUAAUACCUGUCCAGCCGCAUUGCUACAACCACGGCGCUCAAUCCCUCAGUAGCGGUGCAGGUGUGGCCGUGGCUGCGUGACCUCAUCCUGCACGGCUCCGGGUGGUGCUGUCCUGCCCCUGUUCCUGGUGGCUGCGGGGCUCUGCUCUGCACUGCUCCCCGUGUGCCCCACGUCCCCCAUGAGUUAAGCAUUGCUGCCUCGCAGCUCCACACCCGCAGCAAAACACUGACCCUAUGUAGGCGCAGGCACAGCUAAGGGCUGAUCAUGUUCUUUGCAUCAGGAACCGUGUGUAACGUGUAAAAACAGGAGGCAGUGGGUGGCUACUGCAGUUCCAGUUCUCUUUAUCUGACCUCGCCUGCCUGAGCAUCGCACCUUGCCACAGCAGUGAGAUAGAGGGAAUGAAGGCACAGGUGUUCUUGAUUCUGCAGACUUUGCAGAAGCCACAGCUGCUGCUGAAAGGCGCUGCAGGAAAGCAAAGUCAGGUCUGAAGCCAUGGCCCAGGUGCCACCGGGAAGCAGCGGGCACCUGCUCCUUAAGUGACCGAAACCCGUCGCUGUGGGGACUUUCUGGCCUCUGCAGAGCUUCUCCCUACACUGCUACGUCAGCAGAAACCACUGGAGUUUCUUCUCUCCUGAAUUACAGGGUUCUGCCAAAUGCAGUAUCAGUACAAAGUACCGCCAGGUCUGUGCUUGUCCUGGGUAGAGGUCCUGGCUGGAAGGUUUCCAUCUGGCUUCGGCUCAGCCCUACAUAGCGAUUAUGGAUGCUCAGAGCUCUUAAGUCAGCAGCUUUCGUUCGCUUUAGGCAGUUGAAAAAAGCAAAUAAAUAAAUGUGUAGAUUUUAAGGAUAUCGGGUGCUUGUGGACAGUGUCACAAGGGAUUCACUUGUUACUUCAUGAAGCAGCGCAGGGUGGAGUUGGAACGAGCACCUCCGCGUCUCAGGUGCAACGCUGAAAUGCUAAAACGUAGCCCUGAGCAAGGAGCCUCCGUCCUGAAUCACAGCCGUGCUGGGAACGAAAGCGGAAAGAGCAGAUCCCGGUGCGCUGCGGCGAUGCUGGUGGGAAGUGACAAAAGAUGUGAAACAGGGGCGAGAAAAGUGAUGAUUCUGGAAUUUGGCUGCGAGUGUCAGGGGUGACGAAAAGCAGCGGCAACGCCUCCUGCGUGGGCUAUAAAGGGCUGCGGGCAGGGGAAGCGCGCACUGCUGCCUGCGCUGCCAGCCCGCUCUGCCCAGCCUCUGCCCACGCCAUGAGCACCACUGUCCGGCAGUUCUCCUCCUCCACCUCCCUCAAGGGCCUGGGGGGGGGCUCCAGCAGGCUGUCCUGCGGCCGCGCUGCGGGAUACCGGGCCCCCAGCGUCCACGGCGGCUCCAGCAGCUACUCCGUCUCCUCCCGCAUCGUCUCGGGGCUCGGCGCCGGCUAUGGGGGCGGCUACUGCAGCACCGUUGGAGGGGGGCUCGGCGGGGGCUUCGGGGCCGGCUAUGGGGCCGGCUAUGGGGCCGGCUAUGGGGCCGGCUUCGGGGCCGGCUUCGGGGGCGGCUUCGGGGUCGGCGAUGGCAUCCUCCCGGCCGGAGAGAAGGAGACGAUGCAGAACCUCAACGACCGCCUGGCCGCCUACCUGGACAAGGUGCGCGCCCUGGAGGAGGCCAACACCGACCUGGAGGUGAAGAUCAGGGAGUGGUACAAGAAGCAGGGGCCCGGCCCCGAGCGCGACUACAGCCCCUACUACCGGACCAUCGAGGAGCUGCGCAGCAAGGUCCUGGGGGCCACCGUUGACAAUGCCAACCUCCUGCUGCAGAUUGACAAUGCCAGGCUGACGGCUGAUGACUUCAGGACCAAGUUUGAGACGGAGCAGGCCCUGCGCCUGAGCGUGGAGGCCGACAUCAACGGGCUGCGCAGGGUGCUGGACGAGCUGACCCUGUCCAGGGCCGACCUGGAGAUGCAGAUCGAGAACCUGAAGGAGGAGCUGGCCUACCUGAAGAAGAACCACGAGGAGGAAAUGAACGCGCUGCGCGGCCAGGUGGGAGGAGAGAUCAGCGUGGAGAUGGACGCGGCUCCCGGCAUUGACCUCACCAAGAUCCUGGCCGAGAUGCGGGAGCAGUACGAGAGCCUGGCGGAGAAGAACCGCAGGGACGCCGAGCAGUGGUUCUUCAGCAAGACGGAGGAGCUGAACCGCGAGGUGGCCAUCAACACGGAGCAGCUGCAGAGCGGCAAGACGGAGAUCACGGAGCUGCGCCGCACCAUCCAGAGCCUGGAGAUCGACCUGCAGUCCCAGCUCAGCACGAAAGCGGCACUGGAGGGCACCCUGGCCGACACCGAGGCGCGCUACGGCACCCAGCUGGCCCAGCUGCAGGCGCUGAUCACCAGCGUGGAGGAGCAGCUGGCCGAGCUGCGCUGCGACAUGGAGCGCCAGAACCACGAGUACCGGGUGCUGCUGGACGUCAAGUGCCGCCUGGAGCAGGAGAUCGCCACGUACCGCCGGCUGCUGGAGGGCGAGGACGCACACAUGUCCUCGCAGCUCGUGAAAGAAGGGCCCGUGACCACGCGCCAGAUCCGCACCAUCUUCGAGGAGGUGCAGGACGGGAAGGUGAUCUCCUCCCGCGAGCAGGUCACGCAGGCCACGCUCUGAGAGCUCCACUCCGGUCCCGCAGCUUCGCUUCGUGCCGCGCCGCUGCAGCCCACUCCCCUUCUCUAAGCACCGUGCUGCGUGCGGGCAUCAAAUAAAGCUUUUGGCAUUUGUGCACACCCGCGCCUUGU